AUGGACACGGAGCAUCGGGUAAUUCUGAACGUCGGAGGGAUUCGUCACGAAACUUAUACACACGUACUCAAAAAAAUUCCUGCAACACGAUUAUCAAGAUUAACUCCAAAUUUGGCUAAUUAUGACCCAGUAUUGAAUGAAUAUUUUUUUGAUCGACAUCCAGGGGUGUUUUCUAUGAUUUUAAAUUAUUAUCGAACAGGAAAGCUACACUAUCCAACAAAUGUUUGUGGACCUUUAUUCGAGGAAGAAUUAGAGUUUUGGGGUCUGGAUGCCAAUCAGGUGGAGCCUUGUUGUUGGAUGACAUACACUCAACAUAGAGAUACACAAGACACUUUAGCAGUUAUUGAAUCUUUAGACUUAGAUGGUGACCCUCCCACCCAGGAAGAGAUUGCCAAGAAGUUUGGAUGGGAAGAUGAUUACUAUUCGGGAACUUUAUCGAAAUGGCAACAAAUAAAGCCAAGGAUAUGGGCAUUGUUUGAUGAACCUUGGAGUUCACAGUAUGCUCGAAUUAUUAGUUGCUGUUCUGUUUUUUUUAUACUUGCUUCAACAAUAUCUUUCAUGCUCAAGACCCAUCCAUCUUUCCAAAUUCCUCAAAUACAGAUCGAGUAUGGUUUUCGUAUCAUGAAUGGAGAAGGUUACAGUACUUUUGCCAAAGCUAUCGGUACUCACAAGCCUUACACAGGACCUCAUCCAUACUUUUUUUAUGUGGACUUAAUAUGUAAUGCAUGGUUCACACUUGAACUACUUAUUCGUUUUCUCUUCUGCCCAUCUAUUCAUCGUUUCCUACGCUCACCUAUCACAAUUAUUGACGUCAUAUCUACCUCAGCUUUCUAUUUUGAAUGGCUUCUUCAUGCAAUUUUAGUGCAAACCGGGUCUUUAGUUACUAUUGAUUUCCUCUCAAUGAUCUGCGUACUUCGAUUAUUCAAGCUCACACAGCAUUUUUCGGGUCUCAAAAUUUUAAUUCAGACUUUCAAGGCUUCUGCUCAAGAGCUUGCUCUGUUGGUUUUCUUUGUUCUCCUAGCCAUCGUUAUUUUUGCUGCUCUCGUUUAUUAUGCUGAAAGAAGUCAACCGAAUCCUGAUAAUCAAUUUACAAGCAUACCAGCUGGCUUGUGGUGGAGUUUGAUAACAAUUUCUACUGUUGGCUUCGGGGAUAUGGUACCGAAGACGUACUUGGGCAUGGUGGUUGGAUCUUUGUGUGCACUUAUGGGUGUCCUCACAAUUGCUCUGCCCGUUCCAGUCAUUGUUUCCAAUUUUUCCAACCUUUAUUCUCAUUCUCAAGCCAGAGCUAAACUGCCAAAGAAACGUCGACGUGUUCUGCAGGCUCAUGAAGUUAAACCAUCAAUGCUUGGAGUUAAGCCAGUUCUUCCAAAACAUCGUAAAAAGUCUUCAUCUACUAAUUUACCACAAAUGAAUAGUAGUCACCAUUGCAAUACAAAGAAUCACAAUGGUAAUAAGCAAGUUUUGACAGAAGAGAGACAGAUAAUCUCAGUCAUUAAUAUAUUCUUCGUCAUAAUUUCCAUCAUUUGCUUUUGUUUGAAAACUCAUCCGGAUUGGAGGAUUCCUAAUAUUGACGUGGUCAAGUUCAACACGACAGGUACUGUUUUUGUGGGGAAAACAGCAAACAGACCCGCUCCGGGUUUUUUUUAUCUGGAACUCAUUUCAAAUGUUUGGUUUACGGGAGAGUUCUUUGUCCGUAUGUGGUUUUGUCCGGGAGUUGGAAACUUUUUGAAAACACCAGUAAAUAUUAUUGAUAUGAUAGCCACCCUAUCUUUCUAUAUUGAUUGGGCUUUGGACUCAGCUUUAACAGGAUCGAACAGAGAUUCGGUCGAAUUUUUUUCCAUUAUUCGCGUUUUACGGCUCUUCAAACUUACUCAGCACUCAACAGGUCUCAAAAUUCUCAUUCAGACGUUCAAAGCCUCCGCCCAGGAGUUGUUUCUCUUGGUUUUCUUUGUAUUACUUGGAAUUGUUAUUUUUGCUGCUCUCGUUUUCUAUGCAGAGAGGGUGGAAGAUAACCCUGAUAACCAGUUCGAUUCCAUACCUGUCGGAUUGUGGUGGGCAGUUAUUACAAUUUGUACGAUUGGAUUUGGAGAUUUAGUGCCGAAAACUUAUCUAGGUAGAAUGGUAGGAUCGGUUUGCGCUCUGAUGGGUGUACUCACUAUCGCCUUGCCUGUUCCAGUCAUUGUUUCCAAUUUUGCAAUGUUUUACUCUCAUGCUCAAGCUAGAUCUAAACUACCGAAAAAAAGAAGGAGAGUUCUUCAACCUCAUGAGAUUAAGCCGAUCGUUGGAAGAUCUACAACAGCUACACUUCUAGGUUCCAUCGGACCCAAGCGACCUGGCAAAGGAGAAAGCUUGAGUAGCUCUUUAGGAGCUUUUGCAGCAACCCCUCUUCUAGUUUGUCCUGACAACGAUUCGUGUGAUAAAAAUUCGAAGAAGUCAUCCGACCAAAUGCUUUGA